CUCUCUCUCGCUGUCUCUCUUCUCUCUGUCUCUCUCUCUUCUCUAUCUCUCUGUGUGUCUCUCUUCUCUCUAGGCCCCUCAUUCUUUCACACACAUCUUUCACACCUCUCAGUCCUUCUCAAGAGGAAGUAUAGAUGGGUAGAGAGGAGAGGUGGGUGGGGGGAUUGGACAGGCUACAAGUCACUAGAGUUUAUAUACAGUUAGUGAUUGACACGUUGAGAUGGAACGCACCUGUCUUCUACUCUUACUGUUGAGUACACUGGUUUACUGUAGCCUCGGACAAGGUGGAGAUUUCUCUCUUCCAGCCUCUCUGAGUGUCAGUCCUGACAGAUCUCAGUUCUUUGAAUAUGAAUCUGUCUUUCUGAGCUGUGAGGUUCAGGGGAACUCUGCUGGAUGGAGAGUGGUGAGGAACACAUUGAGAGGAAACCUUUCAGAGUGUAAUACUGAUUGGGGAGAACAACAAGGGUCUUCAUGCAUCGUGUCACUAAUGCCAUCAGACAGUGGAGUGUACUGGUGUGAGUCUGGGUCUGGAGAACACAGCAAUGCUGUCAACAUCACAGUACAUGCAUUUCUGAGUGUCAGUCCUGACAGAUCUCAGUUCUUUAAAUAUGAGUCUGUCUCUCUGAGCUGUGAGGUUCAGGGGAACUCUGCUGGAUGGAUACUGAAGAGAUACACAGUCUCUGGGGAGCGUUCAGAUUGUGGAGGAAACUGGGGAAAGCAACAAGGGUCUUCAUGCAACGUGUCACUAACACCAUCACACAGUGGAAAGUACUGGUGUGAGUCUGGGUCUGGAGAACACAGCAAUGCUGUCAACAUCACAGUACAUGCUGGAGCUGUGAUCCUGGAGAGCCCUGUCCGUCCUGUGACUGAGGGAUAUUCUGUGACUCUGCGCUGCAGACAUCAGGGAACUCCCUCUGACCUCACAGCUGAUUUCUACAAAGAUGGAUCCCUGAUCAGGACUGAGACUACAGGAGAGAUAACCAUCUCUGCAGUAUCCAAGUCAGAUGAAGGACUCUACAAGUGUACCAACUCUGAAGGAGAAUCACCAGAGAGCUGGAUGACUGUGGCAGAUGGGGGCUCUGGCUCAUCCUCCUCUCCCACCCCGCUCCUCCUCCCUUUGUCUGUCUCUGGGUUGGUGGCUGCUCUCUCCAUCUCUCUGAUCAUUCUACUGGUCCUGUUCUGCAAGAGGAACAAAGAUGUAGCAGCUGAACCCAGAGAUGUUACGUAUGCUGACGUUAGAAUCAUACAGGACCCAGAACCCAGGAGAAGGAGAGAGAAGUCUCCAGGAGCUGAUCCAGUCUACUCUGCAGUGAAGACCUCCAACACCACAGGUGGAUCUGGUCCAGGUGAUUUGACCUAUGCUGACAUCAACCACACAGAGAAAAGACAACACAACAGGAGGAGAGAGAACGUUGUUCCAGACCCUGUCUACUCAGCGAUGAAGACAGACAGACAGAGACACAGGUCAGAAGGUCAUUCCAGACCCUGUGUACUCAGCAGUGAAGACAGACAGAUAGAGAUACAGGUGAAACCAGGGUACCCAGGAAGACACACCAAGACCAAUUAGGUGAUCGUGUUGAAGAAGAGUGAGGCUGAGAUCACCUGAUCACCAUAACAACCAUCAGAAUGGAACUCAUGGAAUUCUAAUAUAGAACUGUGAGUCACAAUGCUGUAUGUUGUUACAUUGUAGCUCCACCUGCUGGAACAAUAGUGGCAUUUGAUCAAAUGUCAUCUAUUAACUGAUACAUGUAUUAUUCUGAUUGGAAUGUGUUUCAAUAUAAUGUGUGUUGUAUUAUUCAUUCAGCAGCUGUCCUUUAACAUCAGUCAUAUACUGGUCAUAUACUGUAUAGCAUUAUGGUUGAUACAUUGUAAAUGCCUUCACUUCUCAUGUCUAUACAGAUCAACUGAUAGGUGUUGUGGUUCAGGCAUUAUUGUUACAGGUUCAGUACAAUGUUAUACCGUUACAUGUUACAGAGAUAGAAAACAUACAGGAGAGGAGAAUUCAAUUAUUACAAUUAUUUACUUUAUUUUCCCAUUUUGGUCUCAUUAUGUUAUUUUGUUUCAACAUAACUAAUGUAGGCCUUUUGUUUUAUUGUGUUUUGUGCAAAACCAUUAUUUUUCAAUGAAUCAUCCUGGUAAGAUAUUGCUUUUGUCUUUGUAGCAUAUAGAAUUAAAUAAAUGAUUCUCCUCAA